GUCUCUCUCUCUCUUUCUCCGUCUCUCUCUCUCUCUUUCUCUGUCUCUCUCUCUCUCUUGCUCUCGCUCUGUCUCUCCCCUAACACACUAUGCUGCUGCUUUAAUGCAUACAAAAACUCCCUAUUUCCUUUAGACACAGAGCACAUGAUCAUCAGACUGCAUUGCAACAAACAGGAAGCGAGAGACGAGUAUUUGAAACCCAGCAAGUCGGAGACCGUGCGAUAGGGUCAGAGACACAAUGAGACAGUCAGAGACAGAGGGAGAUGCAAGAGAGUGAUGAUGACAAUGGAGCACCCCCGUUUGUUUUUUCUCAUCACAUUGCUGGCUGCAGCCGUCUCAGGUAAAUUCCAGGUCCAAUCACCAGACUCCAAGCAGGUUGUAGAAGUGGGAUCAGAUGCCAUAUUGCAAUGCAGUCUCUCCCCUCCCCUUGGGCCCGCCGGCCUCCAGGUGCACUGGUUCCGCUCUAUGUUUUAUUCCACUGUGUUCCUGAUGAAGAACGGAAAGAAGGAGAAAGACCAGCAGAGCACCGAGUAUGUGGGCAGAGCGUCCCUCCGCAAUGGGACUGGGUCCGCAGAACUGACGCUCCUCCUGCGCAACGUUACUCUGAAGGAUGCCGACACCUAUCACUGCUUCGUGGAGGACAUCGCCAGCGAAAACUCCGAUGAGGCCGUCAUCGACCUCCUUGUCAUAGGAUCUGGUUCCCUUCCCAUCAUGUCCGUCUCUCUGAAAGAUGGCGUCAUCAUGGUGUCCUUCUAUUCCUCCGAUUGGUUCCCCAGACCAGAAAUGCGUUGGGAGCUGGAAGGUGUUCCCGUCAUCGCUGAUACGUCAGAGACCAUCUCCAACCAAAGCAAUGGACUUUUCACACUAGAGAGCCGAGUUCUACUGAAGAAGCCGAGCCACCAGCGUCUAUAUGGUGCAGUGCGGCACCCCGUGACCGGGAAAUCCACUGGACUGUAUAUGACUAUUUCAGAGGAAAUGUUCCCUCGGCUGUCAUCUUGGGCCUUUGCCUUCCUGUUUCUCAUUUCCUUAUCCCUGGUCGGUGCAGCAUUCAUGUUAUUUCUUAUAACAAGAGAGAGAACCCAGAAAGAUGAAUUCCAGAAAAGAAAUGGUGAGCUGAGCUCAGAAGUGGAUUGGAGGAAAGCCGUGAUGAGUCCAGAUUUCAUCACCUUCUCCCCCGAGACCGCCCAUCCAGAGCUGUCCGUCACCGAGGACUUCCAAACCCUCAUGAACCAGCCUCCUCCCGACAUGCCCACACCAAGCGAUGCCCGUUUCGAGACUGAACGUUGCUGCCUUGGCCUCCCGGCCUUUACCCAGGGCUGCCACUACUGGGAGGUGGAGGUGGGAGACGGACUGGAGUGGGCGGUUGGCGUUGCUUCUCCAAAACUGCAAAGAAGGAGCGAUGCCUACAUGUUUCGCCCCCAGGCGCUGAUUUGGUGCAUCUCCCGAUUUACGGAGGCCCUUAAAGCCCUGGACGCACAGGAGAGCUCCUUGCCUAUAGUGGGAGGCACCUUGCAGAAAGUUGGGGUCUACCUUAAUCUGUCAGGUCCAAGGACGCUCACCUUCUAUGACCCCAGAACCUGGGAUAUGCUCUAUUCCUUCACUGAUGUGGGUCGGGAAAGGGAAAGUGUCCUGCCAUUCUUCUGGCUCGGCAGAAAUGGCGGCGCAAUGCGAUUAAAAAGGUAAAAAUGGCGGAUACUGAGUAAUGUACAAGGUGAAGUAAUUCACAUCAACCAAUGAGAUGAUCAACGACCAAUGGUCAACAAUCAUGAACCAGCCAAUGUUAGGACUAUGCAAGAAUGUACCCAUUCAGUGUUCAUUUUACUUACAGGAAGUCGGCACCCGCGCUGCGCUAAUCACAGCCAGGCAGACAUUUCCCGAUCUCUGCAGCCGAGCA